GAUCCUCUCCGCUGAAGACCGGCGUAGACGGGGGUUAGCCACGGCUGCGAGAUCAUCACCACAUACAAAACAUUUUUUAGGGGGCCGCGAUUUUUCCUCCCUCACGAACUCGCAGCAUCCAGUCUAAUAAUUACUUCCAGCGGGAACCACCGUGCAGCAACCAUGUCUGUGGCGGGGCUGAAGAAGCAAUUCCACAAGGCCACUCAGAAAGUGAGUGAGAAGGUUGGAGGUGCAGAAGGAACGAAGCUCGAUGGAGACUUCACUGAUAUGGAAAAGAAGAUGGACACCACUGCUCGGGCGGUGAUGGACAUCAUCACCAAGACCACCGAGUAUCUGCAGCCAAACCCAGCCACCAGAGCCAAGAUGAGCAUGAUGAACUCCAUGUCGCGCAUGCGGGGGCAGGAGAAGGGACCCGGCUACACGCAGACCGAGGUCAUCCUGGGAGAGUCCAUGCAGAGGUUCGGCAGGGAGCUCGGAGAGGAGUCCAACUUUGGCCUUGCUCUGAUUGAUGCUGGGGAAGCCAUGCGUGAGCUCGGGGAGGUUAAAGACGCUCUGGACAUGGAGGUCAAGCAGAACUUUAUUGAUCCGAUGCAGAACCUCCAUGAAAAAGAUCUCAAGGAGAUUCAGCAUCACCUGAAGAAAAUGGAAGGUCGUCGUCUGGACUUCGAUUAUAAGAAGAAACGUUCCGGAAAAGUGACAGAAGAUGAGCUGAAACAGGCACUGGAGAAAUUUGACGACUCCAAGGAGAUUGCUGAGCUGAGCAUGUUCAACCUGUUGGAGAGCGAUAUUGAGCAGGUGAGCCAGCUGGCUGCGCUGGUGCACGCGCAGGUGGAGUACCACAGUCGCGCCGCUGAGAUCCUCACACAGCUCUCCAGUAAGAUCGACGAACGGAUAAAGGACACCACCGUCAAACCGAGGAAAGAGUUUGCUCCGAAACCGCGCACGUCCCUGGACUUCUCCAUCAGUGAGAACCACAAUGGAGGCCUCCACGGUGCCCGCUCUCCAGGGGCGAGGUCUCCAGCAAGAUCUCCAGCAAGGUCCCCAGCCCCCCUGGACCAGCCCUGCUGUCGCUCACUGUACGAUUUUGACCCGGAGAACGAAGGUGAGCUAGGCUUCAAGGAAGGCGACAUCAUCACCCUGACCAAUAAGAUCGAUGACAACUGGUACGAGGGGAUGCUGAACGGCAAUUCUGGCUUCUUCCCCAUCAACUACGUGGAUAUCCUGGUGCCGCUGCCCCACUAGGACGGCACCACUACCAGUCCGUAAAGGUGACUAAGCAGAGCCCCCGCCCAGUACUCCCAGUAACCCGUUCCUUAACCUCCCUACCAACCACCAGUGCUCCGCUUCAAAGGAGUCAAAACAGCAGCAACACAAUAACAAGCGAAGAUUGGUGACAAAUUAAAGCGAGUGUGCACCAAUUGAGCGUAAAAACUUUAAAUGAGGAAAACUCUACGUUUAUGUCGUUACGUCCCCCUUUAUCCCAGGAGGUACAUUCAGGCUUCCGUAGUCAUUUUAUCCACUACUGCCCCGGCUUCCGUCUUGGUUUCAGUUGGCUGUCAUUCCGUCAUCACUUUGUGAGUUUAUCAGAGCAGCUUUGCAAAAUGGCGCUUUUCUCUCAUUCACUGUACUUUGUGGGAACCUCUACAGUAGAUAGAAACUUUUCUCUCACUAGAAAAAAAUUGGUCCACGUGCUUCAUGUUUGUUAGAGACUCUAGGUCAAGCAUGGUUUCAAAUGUUUAACGUUUUAUCUUAUACAAAAAUAUGUUGAGCUGAUUUUGUUUUGUUCGAAUACUCCUCUCUUUUUUUAAUGGUUGCCAUCUCUCGGCAUUCGCAAUUGUGUCCAAAUGACGUCCUCUCCUUCUAACUACUCAUAGAUUUGACUAGAUCUAGUUGACAACUAACAGCAACGAUUACCCAUCCUAUUUUUAUCUCAUACAUAUCAACAUGUGCAUGUGAUUGUGAUUGGAAACCAAAGUUACCUGCAGAGUCAACUCCAAUUUUAGCUUUAAGAUUUCCAGACAGCACGGUGUCAGUGAAUCUGUUCGAGGCAACGGGAUGAAGCUUUGCAGUUUGUAGUUCUUUGGCAUUUCAAUCAGGAAGAUUGAAACUGUGUUCUUGAAUAUGUGACAUUACCUUUCUGAGCCAGUGAUUAGUGGAGUGAUGACAUGAUUUGCAAAAACGAGUCGUGCAAGUUGUUCAAACUGUUUGAAGUGAUGUGAGAAAACUAUGGUGCAUAAGUUUCAAUCCUCCAUCGUGUAUUUUAUCAGCAGCUUGUGUGAAAAAUGGUCGAUGUAUUGUGAUAUAAUAACUUGUAGGACUUAACUGUUCAUUGGGGCAAUCGUUUCUUCUGCAGCCAAAGGUUUAGCUUUUAUUGCUGCAUCCCUACUAUUAGUAUUCUGUAAUGUAGCUGUCUAUAAGCUAUUGAUUAAGGCAAAACUAGACAUAGCCAGGAGUGCACAAAUGGCUGAAUGGAAUGAGAACUUUCUUUUCCGUCUUGGUGGAAAUGUUUUAUUCAUUGGAAUGAUGCAACAUACAUUUAAAGAAAGAAAAAAAGAAAAAAAACUUUCUCCAACAUUAUUUAGACUAAAAUCUACUGGUUUACCCUUUUCAUGUCAUUUAAGUCCUCUGAAAAAAAUGCAAGAUUGCAUACAUUGUUUAAUUAUAUUUCACCUGCUAUAUGGUUGUAUGCAGUAUUGUGGGCGAUUUAACGUUUAAUUCAUGUACCGAUGACCUGGAAGUCCAACCCGACUCGGUCAUCGCAGCAGGAAGGUGCAGUCAGGCACUCGCUAUCCCUGGGGUCUUGUUUUCUGUGGUGGCGAUAAAAGUAUUAACCCUUCUGUGCGGCAGUUUACACUAUUUUUCACCCAUCUUGUAUUAAUGUUGUGCGUGUUCCUUGGGGAUCGGAGGGGUCCGGGUACAUGUUGUGCACGGGGACGGGGGUUGCAGAGGACUUUAGGAUGUACUUUUCCACAUGAAAAGAAACACGGAUGUCUCCUUAAUCAAAUGACAAAUUCAUUAUAUGACGUAGGAAUACAAUAAAUCGUGCAAUAUCAACUGAUACCCGUAACAGGUGUUGUUUUGUUCUUAAGGGAAGCACAACUUCCACAGAGAGUACACCCAUUGGCUGACGAAGACUAACGUUGCAGUUUAGGGGUCAUACAUUUAUUUUUAAAAGCAAAACCGUUCCUUUUAUUCUCUUUUCUCACUUUUUUUUAAAAAACAAUUGUGUGUAUCUUUGCCCUCAAUGAGGACUGUACAGCUUUUCUGUGUAUUGUUUUCACCUUGUGUGUAUAACCGCGCAUCCACAGUAACUUGUGUUUUUUUUGUAACUGUGACAAGAGUAUACACAUAAAGUAUAGCUGUAUAUACACAGUAUAUUAUCCAAAAAGCAAUGUGAAAGGAGGGAUUCUCUGUGCUGCACAUGAUUGUCUUUGGAUUCUUUUUGUUUUAUUUGUUUUUCUGUUUUUGUUUUAUUUUAUUCUUGCACUGGAUUCUAAGACUGUAUGCUUGAUGUAAAGAAAAUGUUAUAAGUCAAUGUAAUUUAUUCAAAUAAAAACUAAGAAAUACAAAUUC